CAGAGACCUGAACCAGAGACCUGAACCAGACGGGUCUGAACCAGAGACCUGAAGCAGAGACCUGAACCAGAGACCUGAACCAGACGGAUCUGAACCAGAGACCUGAACCAGAGACCUGAACCAGACGGGUCUGAACCAGAGACCAGGCCUCAUCUCGUCCCAGGUCGUCCAGAAAACCUCUGGAAGCUGCUGUCCUGCAACAUGCUCCUGGUCCUGGUCUACCUGGCUGCUCUCAGCCCGCUGGCUGCUGCAGUGGAUUUUGGAACAACUGCUGAACUAGACUUCAGCGAUUGUCCCGUCGCUCACUAUGGACAAGUUUACACCACAGUUUACGUGAACAUCAUAUCAACCACUGCCGCAGUUUGUUUCAAAGGCCCCUACCCUGCUACUGCAGACAACGACUGUGUGUUGAUGACAGGCAAGACUGCAGUUAGAGGUUCAAGCAGUGUUGCUCAAAGUGUUUCUGAUACUGGAUCAAGUUGGCACAAUUCUCUACAAGGUCUCACUGGUUCCUCAACAUGCUAUGCAAACAUGGCAUUUUUUAACGGUCAAAAUGCAGCUGAGUUUGCAAUUCAGUUUCGCCAGUUUGGGACACAAUCAGCUCUUUUUAUUGGUGUAAACACCAAAGGAGAUUUGAGUGUCGACGUGAUGGUCGGUGGUGUUUCAGUGGACACGUACGGUGUCAGUUCAAAUAUCUUUAAAUUCUCUAUUGCCUGCAUAAAGUCAGGUGUUUACUAUGGAGUGAAUGAGAUGGUCUGUAAUCCAGAUGGUUCCAGUGUGAGCUGUAGUGCAGAAGGAAACCUCACUUUCUCUCCUUGUGGAGUUCUGUGCCCGUGUCCCACGUGCACCGUGAUCGGCUCCACUGUCGUCAACUUCUUGAACUAUGUCGUCUCUGUCCCGGAUCGCUGUGCUUACACUCUGUUGUCAGAGUCGGGCGUCGAGCUGCUGGCCGUCUUCCGGGACCGACGCCGUAAAGACUUCAGUCUGUUGGACAAAGUGAUCCUGCGUUUGGACGGGCCGGGUGUCAACAUCACCCUGGGACCAGGCCUGAGGCUUCAGGUGGACGACGCGCCGCUGAGCCUCGGCAGCUUGCCUCUGUCUCUUCACGGUGUGGACGUCUCCAAGAACCAGACCGGAGUCACCGCCACGUUCCUCCUCUCCAACUACACCACCUCUGUCUUCUUCGAUGGCUCCACCGCACAGAUCCACAAGACAGGCUCAUCUAAUGACACCAUCCCAGGUUUAUGUUAUUCCUCCGGCGGAUCUUCUGAUGAAGUGCUUCCUGAGUUCAGCUCCAGCAGCUGUGAAGAGCAGUUCCCUGAACCUGCUGACGGGACCAUCAACUGCACCACAGUGACUGAGCGCUGUGAACUCCUGUAUGAGGCGCCCUUCACCUCCUGCCACAACCUCACCGACCCAGAUUCCUUCAUCGGCGCCUGCAUCAACACUCUGUGCACAUAUCCGGCCGUGGACGGCCUCAGUCACUGCCAGUUCCUGGAGGCUUACGUCAAAGCCUGCGACUUCCAGACCGGCGACUCGCUGGAGGGCUGGAGGUCGGAGGUCGGCUGCUCGCCGCCCCGGGCCUCCUGUCAGGACGUCCUCUGCAGUGACCACGAGUUCUGUGUCGAGGACGUCAGCGGAGGAACCAUAUGCGCCUGUCGGGCCAUUUUCGCCUCCGAGUACAGAUCAACAGGAGCUUUAGGCGAGCCGACGGUCUGCGACGGCAGCUCAGCGUCAGUGACCCUGGUCGGUUGUCUCCUGGAGGAAAAAGGCAUCGACUACUCUGAGUUACACCUCAACAACCAGAGCUGCAGAGGUCAGAAGGACAACGUGAGCCACAUGGUGACGUUCGGCUUCGACGUCAACAACACCUGUGGGAUGGAGGUCGAGCACAACAACAGCCAAAUGAUUUACAAGAACUCCAUCAUGAUGAGCAACAGCUCUGACAUCAUCACUCGCCACGACAUAUUCAACCUCGACUUCUCCUGCUUCUACCAGCAGCCGGACAUCAAGACCAUGAGCUUCAGGAUCAAAGACAGCUCUGUGAUCCAGCAGAUUGUAUCUGGACCUUGGAACUACACUCUGACCAUGAAGACCUUCAGUGACGCCGGCCGCACACGAGCCAUCGAGCCGAGCACUGAGCUCCGGCUGAAGCAGAGCGUGUGGGUGGAGCUGAAGACAGACGGGCUGGACGACAAACUGGUCGCCGUGGUGACCGACUCCUGCUGGGCGACAGACCUGCCGUUGGCCAACUCCAGUCUGAGAUACGACCUGAUUGUUAGCGGCUGUUCGAACACCGCUGACCAGACGGUGAAGGUGAUGGGCAACGGACUGGGAACGUCCAACUACUUCUCCUUCAACAUGUUCGAGUUCUCUGGGAAGAGCGAUGUUGUCUACCUGCACUGCAAACUGAACCUGUGUGCGAAGAAGGGCAACACCUGCGCCCCGAGCUGCGGAGGGAAGAGACGACGCAGAUCUGCCAGGUCUCAAUAUGAAGAUGGAAGCUCCGCCUUCAUCACCAUGGCCUGGACCAAUUAGGUGAGACACAGCUGUGCUGCUGGCAGGUUGUUUCCAUGGCGACUAGGACCGACUCCCAGGCCGCCGACCUCCUGAGCGACCCCCUGACUUCUGCUCGGUCCUGAUCCAGAGCCGGGACGUCUAGAUGAGCUCAGCUCUGCUGUGACACCAGACAGAUGUGGUCUGAUCCUCAUCUGAGGUGUCGCUGUGUGAACAUCUGUCAGUAACAAGGCUGAGAGGAUCUUUGACACCCACACUAUCACUGUUAUUGUACCACGGUGGAGGGAAAUGCAUUAUAACCAAUUGAGAACAUCUGUAUUACUAUAUUAUCAUUAUCUCUAUUAUCAGGAAAGAACUCCUGGAGGGGCGGAGUCUAACAUCCACACUAUCACUGUUAUUGUACCACGGUGGAGGGAAAUGCACUAUAAUCUAUAUUACAUGUAGACUCCUGGAACAUUAUCAUGAAUAUGACAACAUGUGGACAGACGACUGACGACAGUGUCACACGACGACUGAGCCGCUCGUUGUACUUUCACUGAGUGGAACAAAACAUCAGCAGGAAAAUACUACAAGUACAUGUCCCACAUUCAAAAUCUGAAGUACGUCAGGUUGUUAUAUCAGUUAAAUGUUUGUUGAGGUCCAUGAAUAAAGGGGAUGUGGGAAAAAGA